UUAGAAUAAAAUAUUAUCUUGUGCAAUAGGUAACGCAAGUUGCAUUGUCGGAGAACAACGAGUGUCGGAUCGGUAAAUGUUUUCGUAAAACUACACCAAACUCCAACAACCAUCGGUUGCGACUCAAAAAAUCAAAACCAAAUCAAAAGUUUGAACACACAAAGUUCCCAGCAGCUCCCACGCUUCGAUCCAACACGCUCAUUUCUUCUCGUCAAACGUCAAGUGAUUCCAUUGCAUAUUCAACAAAAACUGAGGUUCCUACCUUCAUUGAAUCCAGUUCAGCUGCUGGGAUAUAUAGAGAGAGUUGAAGACUGUAUCAUUUGAACAUAUCUGUAUAUAGUGAGUCCCCCACUGGCUCAAAGAUAAUUUUUUCCACGUCCCUGUUGGGUGAAUAAAGGCUGUGUGUACUAGAUUGCACGCUCUGUGAAUGAGAAGCCAAAAAGGUUGGGUAUUGAGUUUAGAUUAUUGAUGGAGCAAAGAGUACAGCUACGCGGUAGUAGCACUGUAGAAGCUAUGUCCAGUCUAGGAGAUGUAGACAGAGAACAGGUUUCAGAGCCGUUUGAUAUUGAGAAUGAAUCCAGGAAGGAUACAAACCACCCCAGCAGUUUUGAUGUUGGUUACAGUUCCGGUGAUAACCUGGAAACGUUGCCUAAAGCUUCAACAGAGGCUAUCUCUCCCGCUGACAUUCUAAAAACACUCUUCUUUAUACUUGUAUGGUACACUUUCAGCACUUUUUUGACUCUGUACAACAAAACUCUCUUAGGAGAUGAUUUGGGGAAAUUUCCUGCUCCCUUGUUAAUGAAUACCAUUCACUUUUCUAUUCAAGCGGUUUUAUCAAAGAUGGUAACUUGGUAUUGGUCCGGAAGAUUUCAACCUGAUAAUGCCAUAUCAUGGAGAGACUAUUUCGUUAGAGUUGUACCAACAGCACUUGCAACUGCUUUGGAUAUAAAUCUAAGUAAUGAGUCACUGGUCUUCAUAUCGGUUACGUUUGCAACAAUGUGCAAAUCUGCAGCCCCAAUAUUUCUUCUUCUGUUUGCUUUUGCCUUCAGGUUGGAGUCUCCAAGCCUGAAGCUUUUUGGUAUUAUUUCAGUUAUCUCAGCAGGAGUGCUGUUAUCAGUUGCAAAGGAGACAGAAUUUGAGUUUUGGGGUUUCGUUUUUGUCAUGCUCGCUGCUGUCAUGUCUGGUUUCCGCUGGUGUAUGACCCAAGUUCUUUUGCAGAAAGAAACCUACGGCCUGAAAAAUCCCUUCACAUUUAUGAGUUACGUGGCACCAGUGAUGGCAAUAGUGACUGGUCUUCUCUCUCUCCUUCUGGAUCCAUGGAGUGAAUUUAGAGACAACAUAUACUUUGAUAGUGGAGCGCAUUUUACUCGAACUUGUUUCUUGAUGCUUUUUGGUGGAGCCUUGGCUUUUUGCAUGGUUUUAACAGAGUAUAUUCUUGUUUCGGUGACCAGUGCUGUAACCGUCACAAUAGCGGGGGUCGUUAAAGAGGCUGUCACCAUAGUGGUUGCUGUGUUUUAUUUCCACGACGAAUUUACGUGGCUGAAAGGCUUUGGUCUGAUGAUUAUCAUGGUUGGUGUCAGUUUGUUCAACUGGUACAAAUAUGAGAAACUACAAAAGGGGAACAAAACAGAAGAUGAGAAGAAGCUACAAGCGCCAAGUCAAACUGGAAAAUACGUGAUUCUUGACGAGACGGAUGAUCAAGAAAAUGGUCCCUAAGCAUUGUUUUUGUGUGUUGGCCUUACACCGUUCUCUGGUAACUCGUUUAUAUUGGGACCUUCCUUGAGAAAACACUAAAACACUUGGGAAAAUUUGAUGCUUCCUUGCCUUCAAAAGAGAUAAGUACACGAGCCAUUUGAAGAGUUUAAAUAAAAUUUUCUCACUCUUUUGACUUUUGUAAUUCUAUUGGUACUCGAGACUCGAGAGUGUUCAAAAUUGUUCCAUAUAAAGUAGUAAGCAACCAAUCAAAUUCGGUCCAA